AUGCGCGACCGCAUCCUGCGCCUGCGCCGUGCGUGGCUCGACUUGAUCCUCUCCGGCACCAAGACCGCCGAGGUGCGCCGCGGCGCCACAACUCCAGGUGGCGUUUGGUUGGGUUGUGGUGGUCGUGUGGAGGCCUUUGCGCUCCUCGGCCUGCCCGUCCGUGUCGCGAACUUUGCCGAGUUUCAGAGUCGCUUCGAGGAGCACCGCGUGGAUGUGCCGGCACUGCCUUACGGCCCCUGCACUUACCUCUGGCCUUUGACGGACGUUCGCAUCCUGCCAGCGCCCGUGUGCUAUCACAAUCGCGCUGGCUAUAUGCUGGUCGUUGUUGCGAAGAAACUGCAGCCCGCCUGUACCUUCUGCUGCACUGUCGAGGUUGACAAGGAACGCGGCGACCCCCUUCGGCUUCCGAGCGGCCGCCGCUCCCUUGUCAUCUUAGGUCGGCGAUCUCUGGCAGGGCACCGUGACACGACUUCUUGGCCCCCGCAGUGCUUGGUUUCGUAUAGUGUCUCUUUUCCUCUGUCUUUUGCGAUGCCGGCCUCGACUGCGGCUGCUGCUGGCUGCGCCGACAUUCGGAACAGUCUCUGCAGCGCUGGUUCGUCGUCCAGACCCGGCGCGUCUGCUGCAGAGGGCCUCACAAGCCAACAAAAGCAAGCGCUCCGCAACUGGUGCAGCGCUGCGGCCGCCGGCGCCGCCCAGGCUUGGCGGGAGUUCCGGCCAGGGAGUGGGCUCCUUUACCUCGAGGCGAACGUACGCCUGCUGCCGGUGGAGUUUCAGAACGCAUUUGGCUUGGCGACGCCCGCGGCGGCCGAUCUGCAGGACUUUCGGACCGCGGUGCUGGCAGCCCUUCAAACGGCUCUCGACUGGUACGAGCAUGUGGUGCCGGCCUGUCCCUUUGACGUGUCCGACACUGACUGCUCUGCCGACUCCGAGGGCGCCGCAGAGGCCGACUUCGCCGUGGUGGUUGCGGCCUGGCUUGCCGGUGACGCGACUGGUGCGCCGCGCCGCGCCCGUCGUCUUUUCGCGGCGCGCUCGGCAGGCGCCGCUGAGUUCUCCGAGGCUGUCCUCGAAAACGUCUAUGCGAAGCUGACGGGCGCCGACCUGCUGCGCGGCCUCACAGCGGCGCCGUCCACGGCGCGCAUUGCUUGCUGCACUACAACGUGUACCUUGUGUGGGGUCGACUUGGAGAUCGGCGAGACCCGCUCUACUUAUGCUCUCACCUGGGCCACAGGCCUGCAGCGUGUUCACUACGAGCGGCGUCGGUGCCCCGAAUGCCUUUGUCACUACUCUUCCUGCUGGCGCACGGGCCGAACGGGCAGCCUGUUCCUUUGCUCGACUCCUCUGCACCUGGAUUUCCUGCAGUUUCUGGCGCACCCGCAGCACGAUGCUUGUGCCUUCAUAGAUUGCCGUCUGCUGAACUUCUGCACGAGCCUUGUGGUUCGCCUUCGUGCAUCUUUCAUCGGCAUUGUCCAGGUCUUGCAGGACACCAUGGCCGCCGGGCUGUCGCUGCCUCUGCGCCAGGAGCUCUUCCAGCUUUGGAUGUUUUGGCGCAGUCUGGCGAUCAUUCCUGCCGCGGACUUGACCGACAUACCUUUUGUCUUCUCCCACCAUGGACGACAGGAGCUCCGUGCCUGGCUGGUGCGCGUGCACGUCUUGCUGCAGGACCGCCACUUGCGGUAUCUUGCUCGGGAUCACUGGUGCGCUGUCUGUGCUCGCUGUCCUUCCGUCGGCAUCGAUGGCAAGAUGUCCGUCAGUGCUGCUGUCUGCGCCUCUCUAGAUGGCCCCGACUGGACCUGUCGGUACAGCGGCUUGCAGCGAUUUCCUGGUUGCUGGCUGCCACCUCAACGCCGCAGCCGCUUCUGUCGGCAGCACGCAGGCAGCGGGCCUGACCUGGGGGACUUCCUCUGCCCCGCCGAGCACGUCCUCGGCUUUUUGCCCGAUUCGGCGCAGCGUCGCCACUGCUGUGAUGUCUGUGCCUGUACAUUGGCCGCUGACCAGCCACUCUGGCGUUGUGAGGUUUGCGACUUCGAUGUCUGCGUGGCUUGCGCCGAGGACCCUCAACGUGUGCCUUCUUCCGCCGUCGCGCAGGCGUCUGCGAGCCCGGCUGCCAGCAUCGAGCCCGUGGCCGAAAAUGAGUUGAAUUCUUGCGGCAUCGUGAAAAGGCUUCCUGUCUCCCGGCUGCGCCGACAGGGUGGUGUACUUACUGCAAUGCUCGCCUGUGGACGCGUGGCACAUCUGCAGCUUCUGGCUGGUGCCGAGUCCGCCACCCAGGUGACCAUGCUUUUGGCCGACCUGCGUGCUGUGCGCUCCUUCAACUACAUCAUCUACGACGACGCCUGUCACCUGGCCCGUUUCGUGCGCAAUCGCGCCCGCAGAUCGCCGCGCUCGGUGCUCUGUCAGCUGGCUGAAGCGACGUACGUCAUC